ACCAUGUGUAAAGUGUACUACUUCACGGAAAGCUUCAGCCUGUGUGCUUCUGUCUUGUUCCUGGCGGUAAUAGCCAUCGAGAGAUACAUCGUGGUGAUGCAUCCGCUAAGGGCCAAGAACCUCUUCACCAACUGCAGGAUGCAUGCUGCACAA